UAUGAAAAAAUUAUUAUACUUAGCUAUUGCUUUGGCUUGUGUCGUAGCAUUUAUUGCUUUCAACAGUGACAUUUAAGAAUCUGUUUUUAAGAGAGUAAAAAGACACGAUGUUUGGGGACCAACAUGCAGAUAAAAAUGUGCUGACAACAAAGGUGAAAUUUGUGGAUGGGUUUCAUAAGGAUGUUGCACAUAAGUAUUAUGAUUAUUAUUAUUUUAAGGAACGUUGCUCAUCCGGAUUCAGUGGAUAAAAAUGCGAAGAAGGAUAUAAAUUACACAUCCCAGGAUGCACAACAUCUUGAUUU